GUGAGUCUGGACCUGCGGAUGGGCUUGGAACUCACAGAGAUCCACCUGCUUCUGCCUUGAGUGCUGGGAUUAAAGGCAAUCGCCACCACCGCUCGGCUGUUCUACCACUCUGUGUGUAAGGCCUGCCCUGGAAUAUGGUUGGCCUACCAGGGAGCACGAAGCCAGCUUUGUAGCAGAGACAACAACGUUGAGGAUUUAUGGUCUCCAGCACUCACCCUGUCAUGAUUUGCUGUGAACCCUGGCAGUCCUUCUGUUCUCCUCGAGAAAUCUCAGGUCCUCUUUCAGCUUCUUGGCCAGUGGCCUUGGUGGCAUUCCACCCCUGUGGUCAGCCCAGAGCCUCUUCUGCCCAUGCAGUACCCAGCAGCCACUGCUGACGGCCUUAGUGGCCCGCUCUCUGGGGCCUACACACUUCCCACCUUCAAGUUCCAGCCUCGCCGUGAGAGCAUAGACUGGAGACGCAUCAGUGCUGUGGACGUGGACCGUGUGGCCCGGGAGCUGGACGUGGCCACUCUGCAGGAGAACAUUGCCGGCGUCACCUUCUGUAACUUGGACCAAGAGGUGUGCAACCACUGUAGGCAGCCUGUGGACCCAGUGCUGCUCAAGGUGCUGCGCCUGGCGCAGCUCAUCAUCGAGUACCUGCUGCAUUGCCAGGACUGCCUGAGUGCCAGCGUGGCGCAGCUGGAAGCACGGCUGCAGGCCAGCCUGGGCCAGCAGCAGCGUGGCCAACAGGAGCUGGGGCGCCAGGCUGAUGAGCUCAAGGGUGUUCGGGAGGAGAGCCGGCGUAGGCGAAAGAUGAUCAGUACCCUGCAGCAGCUGCUUCUGCAGACAGGUGUCCACAGCUACCACACGUGUCAUUUGUGUGACAAGACGUUCAUGAAUGCCACCUUUCUCCGGGGCCACAUCCAGCGCAGGCAUGCAGGAACAGCAGAAGUUGGAAAGCAGAAGCAGGAGCAGCCACUGGGGGAGGUACUGGAGGAGCUUCGGGCCAAGCUCAAGUGGACCCAAGCGGAGCUGGAAGCCCAGAGGGAGGCUGAGCGGCAGCGCCAGGUCCAGGAAUUGGAGAUGACUCGUCAGAGGGAAAUGGAAGCUAAAAAAAAGUUCGAUGAAUGGAAAGAAAAGGAGCGCAGCAAGCUUUAUGGAGAGAUAGACAAGCUGAAACAGUUGUUCUGGGAUGAGUUCAAAACCGUUGCCAACCAGAACUCUACGUUAGAAGAGAAGCUGAAGGUACUGCAGUCCUACAGUCUGACUGAGUCCCACCUUGGGUCUCUGCAGGAUGAAGAGUCAGAGGAGAGGCUCAAGCAUGCCCAGGAGCUCCAGGCCCUUCGAGAAAAGAUGGAAGUUCAGAAAACAGAGUGGAAGAGGAAAAUGAAGGCCAUGCAUGAAGAACGGGCAGCUGAGAGGAGACAGCUGCAGGAAGAGAAUGAGAGGCUCCAUGUCACCCUGUCUCAGGAUCAGAAGAAAGCUGCUGCCCAGUCUCAACGCCAUAUCAAUGCCCUCCGUGCCCAGCUUCAAGAACAAGCCAGGCUUAUCGAGUCCCAGGAGGAGACGAUCCAGACUUUGUCCCUCAGGAAGGUGGAUGAAGUCCAAGAGGUGCCAAAGACUGUGGCCACAGAGGAGGAGGACUCUUCUGAAGAAGAGCUGGAGGCCUCCCGUGAGGAGCAGCAGGAGCAGUGGAAGGUGUUAGCAGCUCUCAGGAAAAACCCUACUUGGCUGAAGCAGUUCCGGCCCAUCCUGGAGGACACCCUGGAAGAGAAGCUGGAAGGCAUGGGGAUAAAGAGGGACACAAAGGGAAUUUCAGCUCAGACUCUCCGACGCCUGGAGCCUGUGCUGAGAACCCAACGGGAGCAGACGGCCCGAAGCUUCCGAGAGUUUCUGAGUCUGAGGGAAAAACUGAGCAAGGAAGUGAACAGCAGGGUGAAGAAGAGAUGGGAGAGUACUGCUGUGGCGUCCCUGCCAGAUGGCCAGCCUCCAGUCAAAAACCAGCGGAUCACACUGGCCCCAAGGGAGGUCCGGCCAAAGACCAGGACGCUGACUGUGGCACUGCCGUCUAAGCCGCCAGAGCCUUCUACGACAACUCUUCAAGGCCACAGCAGCCGUGGCCCCGGCCUCACCCAGGUGUCCACCCCCAUUCCACGCCCCAGAGUGCAUGGACCCUCCAGUAUCCCUGUUUCCCCUGGGCCCGGGCUGAGCAGCACCCCACCUUUUAGUUCUGAAGAAGAGCCAGAGGAAGACGUCGUGCAACGCGUGUCUCUUCAGCCUCCUAAAGUUCCCUCUAGGUCAGCACCCCAGCCCGAGGACAACUGGGGCUGGUCUGAUUCUGAGACCUCAGAGGAGAGUGCCCAACCCCCUGGGAAGGACUCAGGCGGGCUGGCUUCCUCAGGAACACUGGUGCAGUCGAUGGUCAAAAACCUCGAGAAACAGCUUGAAACUCCAGCAAAGAAACCUUCUGGAGGAGUCAGUAUGUUCCUAAGGCCCAACGCUGCCCUUCAGAGGUCUUCCACACCAGCAAGAAAGUCUCAGCUUUCAGAAGAUGAGAGUGAUUUGGAGAUCUCGUCUUUGGAAGAUCUCUCCCACGACUUGGGCCAAAGAGGGAAGCCAAAGCCUUUGUCCCACUCGAAGCUUCCAGAAAAGUUUGAUGCUAGCCCUUGGAGCUCUGGGUCACGACCCAGGAUUCCUGGCUGGUGAUUCUGCCUAUGUUUGCCAGAGAGCUUAGCCUUGUUUCUUGGCUGGUCUCACCCAAGUGGAAGAGACUGUCAGGCCUCCUGCUCUCGCUGGCAGCCAAGAAGUCUUUCCCUUGAAGAGAAGCAGAACAGGAGACAGAUGGGACCUCUAUCCAUUCCCUGACCGCUACUCCAAAAGGCUGGGUCCUGGUGCUGUGUCUUAUGUAAAUGUGAGAAGGAUUGUAACAGGACUUCCAAGUGUUUCUUCCAUGAUCCCCAUAUCCAGCCCAGACUGAAAGUAGUUAUUGUUUCUAUGUUUUUGUCAUCUGCAGGUCACUGCAGAGUUGGGUCCUGGGUCAGUUACCAGUUAGGUAGUCUCUGUGGACUCUCUAGCUUUUCACUACUGAGUUGGGGUGCAGACAGAGGCAGGAGGUGAAAAAAGUGCCUGCUGCCAGGGCCAGUCAUAGUAAUUGAGUCCUAGGCAUUAGAGUGUUGUGGUGGCAUGGGAGAGGCUAGCUACCCUACUGUCAUUUCUGUUGCUGUGAUAAGCACUCCAACCAAAAGCACCUUAGAGGAAGAAAGGCUUUGUUUUUGCAGUAGGUGAAGGCUGGAAUGUGUAGGUAGGCCUACUUGCUGUUCCACACAGCACUACCUCUGACCAAGGAAUUUACUUCACAGUCAAAGAAACAUACUAGGAGGAUACUGCUUGUUAACUGCAGCUGUACGUACUCAGCUAGCUUUUUUUUUUUUAAAUAAAGUUCAGGACUAUCUGCGUAGGGAUGGUACUGCCCACAGUAGGCUGAGUUCUCCUAUAUUCAUGAACAAUCUA